AUGUCUUUUUUAAAGAAAUUAUUCAUAAAAUCAGCAAAAGAAAAAGAAAAUCAAUAAGCGCAUCAUAAUAUCAAUCAGAUUUAUAAUACAUAACCAUUCCAAAAGAAAUCAAAUCCAAUUUAUAAUUAUAAUGGUAUAUAACGAAUUGAAUAAUUCGAAAUCAUACUUGAAUAAUAAAUAAUAGACCUUGAACAACUGAAGCAACUGACUUGGAGAGGCGCUCCAUAAGUUUACAGAGCAAAAGCGUGGAAAUUAAUAUUGAAAUACAUUCCACCUAAUCAUAUGAGUUAAACUAGUGUAAUUCAGAAAAAGAGAUAAGACUACCUUCAGUACAUAAAAAAUUACUAUGAACAAAUUCAUGAUAGAGACGAUGGUGAAGAAAAAAUAAUUAAAAUUAUAUCAAAUGAUGUAUUACGAACCUAACCAGAUUAUCUACUGUUUAGAGACCCUAAAAUCUAGGAUCUAUUCAAAAGAUUACUUUUUAUUUGGAGUCAAAGGCAUCCAAUGAGCGGUUAUGUCUAAGGAAUAAAUGAUAUUGCAGCUCCAUUGAUAGCUGUGCUUCUUAAUGAAUAUGUCAGAGUAGAUUUUAAUAAAUUUGAUGUACCUCCAGAAUUUCAUAAACUUCCCGAUGACAUACUCCUAGAUGUAGAGGCUGAUAUUUAUUGGUGUCUUUGCAAAAUCAUUGAAAACAUCCAAGAUUAUUUCAUCCACAAUUAACCUGGUGUGUCUCUAGCAUAUGAAAAAAUAAAAAAUAUACUGAAUACAAUUGAUCCAACAAUUUUAGAAUACUUUCAUUAACAACAAAUAGACUUUAAUCAUUUUGCUUUCAGAUGGGUUAUUUGUCUGCUUAUUCGAGAAUUCCCUCUCUACUUGGCUAUCAGAAUAAUGGAUACUUACCUAUCCGAAGGAGAUAACAUAGCAAAUCUUCAUAUAUACACUGUUUCCAAUUUGAUUCUGAAAUGUGGACCUGAGAUUAAAAAUAAAAACAUGGGGGAUGCUGUCAUCUUUUUACAAAACCUUCCUACUAAAGAUUGGACGGAAUUAGAUAUUGAAAUGCUAUUACAAGAAGCCUAUGUGUUUAAGGAGUAUAUGACUAACAAACAAAGUUUGAAUUAAUCAAUGACUUCCAAUUAAUCAAAUCGAAAUUCCAAUAAAUGA